UAAUGUCUUAUAUGAUUUGGUUCAAAAUUGAUUGGUGUUGUGUUUUUCGAGUAAAAUUUUCCUCAACGAAGCUGUGCUAGUCAGACAUGGUGGAGCAUGGUGGAGCAACCACUACGAAAAUAUUAUAUUUUACCAGAGGUUUUUUCCGGUGGCUACGAAAACCUCUGGUGAUAUUUUGCGGUUUAGAAUAGAAACCCCCGGUGAGAGUAAAAUAUUUGUUUGGUCCCUUAUUUUCGAUUACCAUCGUUUAGACUGUAUCUCUUCUUCUCCACUUCACUUAGAUACUUCACCUUUUCUACCAUCAUUUUUGUUGUCCACCAUCUCCUUCACGCCAUCAGUAACCACACCACCAGAGAUAGUUCUCCAUCUUCUUCACCUUCCAGCCACUACCUCGCGCCUCUAUCAAUCACCGUGAGCAUCCACCACUUUCUCUCAAAUCAUGCAGUCAGAUCUGCGACAGCGUCAUCUUUGUUCCACCAUGGAAUCAAAAUGCAAAGCCCUAAAUCAUUACCAAAGUCUACGAACAGAUCAACCACAAAUCACAAAUCAACACCUGCAAAAACCAAAAAAUCGUGCCACCAUGUAUGUUCACAACCUCACCACGAGCAGCAUCGCGUCACUGAAAUUGUGAAAACGCAGUUCCAUUUCCUUUGCAAACACAAAAGCCCUAAUUUGUGGAUUUGGUUCUCGACUCUGAUUUUGAGCUUUCGGCUGAUAUUCUUUUAUACAAAGUCUUCUCAACUUAUUUUCUACUUUAGGAUUUUCUGUUAUUCAAGUAAAGUUAUGGUAUUUUAUUGUUAAAAGUUGCAAUCGUGAAAAUUUGGAGUUAUCUGUACAACAAGGAGUAUGGGCAACUCAAAGGUGCAAUGAAUCCAAACUAAAUGAAGCAUUUGACUCUAUGGAAAAUGUGAUAUUGAUUUUCUCAGUCAACCGUACUAGACAUUUCCAGGGUUGUGCGAAGAUGACAUCCAGAAUUGGUGGUUCUGUUGCUGGGGAUAACUGGAAAUAUGCUGGAACUGCACAUUAUGGGCGAAACUUCUCAGUUAAAUGGUUGAAGGACAUUGUAGCAAAGUUAUUUUCAUUUUCACAUCAUACGUCAAGGGCUUUGUGCAGCUUAACUGGAAUUGAGAUUGUUUCUUAUGUUACUCCAGGCCAGCCAGCUUCUACUAGCAUAAGUGUGCAUCAGUGUUUCUUACGAGGUUAAAGAACUGAUCACUGCAUUACUCGACUACUAGAAGUUUUGUGGUUUUCAUUUUGUAAUUUGUUCAUCACAUUCUAUUAACCUGUAAUAAAACAAAAUUAAACAUUAUUUCUUUCUAGUAAUGUAAUGAACA